CAAUGGGAUGACUCCAGAUACAACACUUUCAUCGCGAUUUCCCUGCUGAGGAGAUGUGGAGGCGGCUGGCUGUGAGGACGCCGCAAUGUCGACAAUUUCAUGCGACACGCCUGUGUCGUAGCGCCGAGGACAUCAUACGGAUAGGGAACGGCACCUUUUAUCGGAAUUAUCCCUCAGAAACAGAUGCGGCAGGCACAAAUCCCGCUCUAUUUUCGAAGCUCGACUUUCGGUUACCUACACGCGUAGGGCCUGACGGCAAAGCUCAAUACUGGUCGGUCUUAUCUCCUUCGUCCUUGGCCAGGACUACAUUUCUUCAGAUUCUGGCUGCCCAGCACAUAUGUAUACCUCCGGGCGCAAGGACAUAUCCGCUAUUGGCUGAGCAGUCCAAGGCUCCACAGCAUGCGAUCAAGUAUGUGGGAUUCGAUGCCGAACGUGGCAGCAGUGUCGGUGGAACCAGCGUUCGAGGAGCAUAUUUGAGUGCCCGAUACGAGAGUCGUCGCGAAGAAACAGACUUCACAGUGUACGACUACCUCACUGGACAUACCGAACUCAAUGCCCUCGAACAUGAGCAGACUGAACAGGAAAAGGCGAUUCUGGAAAGCGUUCUUGACCGCCUGAGAUUACGAGAUCUAUUGCAGAUGCCUGUGGCGAAUUUGUCGAAUGGGCAAACCAGGCGAGCACGAAUCGCGAAAGCACUUGUGUCGCAACCGGAAGUCCUGCUCUUAGAUGGUCCAUUCAUGGGCUUGGAUCCCAACACGGCACGGUAUAUGGCGGGUCUGCUCAAACAGCUUGCCGAGGAACAGAGCCCAAGACUAGUCUUCAGUCUGAGACCGGAGGACGGAAUACCAGAUUGGAUCACGCAUCUGGUCGUUGCAAAUGCAGACCUGGAAGUCGUGGCGCAUGGUCCCAAAAAUGACCUGGCUGUCAACAAGCCCAAGGAGGUUCAGGCUAUUAUGACUGAUGAUACGAAAUCUUCCGGCCGACCCAGGGUUCUUAGCAAAGAUGGUUUCGAAAAGCACUCGCCGGCUCUGCCACCAGAUGAACCGAUCGUGGAAAUGCGAGGCGUCAAAGUGAGCUAUGGCGAUAAGACGGUAUUGGGCAACUGGACGCAGACUGUCGAUGGUGAAGAGAGACCUGGUCUCUGGUGGAGCUUGCAUCGAGGACAACGAUGUGGAAUUUUCGGGCCCAACGGCAGUGGCAAGACCACAAUGUUGAGUUUGAUAACAUCUGACCACCCUCAAACGUACAGCCUUCCUAUCAAACUCUUCGGACGCUCGCGAUUACCAUCUCCAGGCGAGCAUGGAAUCAGUCUGUUCGAUUUACAGCAACGCAUGGGGCAUUCGAGCCCAGAGGUACACGCCUUCUUCCCAAAGAAUUUGACAGUCCGACGCGCAAUCGAGUCCGCAUGGGCAGACGCCCCAAUGGCGAAGCCAAAGCUUACUGCCGAUGCUGAUCGACGAGUCGACGCAAUGCUGAGAUGGUUCACGCGCGAACUGAAUCCGGGUUACAAAGGGGAGACAUUGCUAGAAUCCUUUCACCCAAUUCUACAGUCACGAGCCCACGAAUCGAGCAAGGAAGCUUCGGCACUGGAAGUAUUUGGAGAGAAGACCUACGAUGACACAGAUAUCCUGUGGGCAGAAGAGAUUCGCUUCCGCGAUUUGAGCUUCUCAAGUCAGCGUCUGGCACUUUUCCUAAGAGCCAUUGUGGCAAGUCCUGAUCUUGUCAUUCUGGACGAAGCAUUGAGUGGGAUUGAUGAGCAGGUCAGGGACAAGGCUCUGCUCUACCUGUCUCAUGGCGAGAAUAUGGUGUUGUUUAGCGAUACUGGUGAUGAUGGAAGCAAUGCUCGAAAUCGGAAUCCGCAGAAGAGUAUGAUUGCGCGAAUUGGUAAGACAACUUUCGAAGGACUUUCACCAGAUCAGGCGCUUCUCGUUAUCAGCCAUUCGAAGGAGGAUGUGCCGGGCUGUCUUCGGGAAUGGAUCUGUUUGCCGGAGCCUGGAGAGAGCAGAGUGCCGCGCACGGGAACGCUUGCUGGCCCUCUGGAGUUGAACCCUUCUGCAUGGGCGAAUGGAGUGUGGAAGUCUGAGGACUAGAACAAUUGUAUAUGACUGAGAGAAGGGUAAUGCGUCUCGGCCAGACGAUUGUACAUUUGUGAUGCAUCAAGGCGAGUGGGACAACGUAGAACGGAACUUGUACAGAAUAGAUAACUACCUUCCAGAUUGUGAGAGCGCUUUACAAUACCGCUCAUCGAAGCCGGAACCGGCCUUCUCAUCUGGUGAAGCAAGAGCAAGACAUUUCAUUCUCGUGUCCUGUUCGUCAAGC